GGCACAUGCUUUUCUUUUUCUUUGCGUUUCUUCGAAAGGAGGGUUUUAUCGUUUUUACUUUUUUUAUUUUUUAUUUUUUCUCUUCAUCAUCUUCCUCCAUCGUUGCUUCUAUUUCUGUGCGCCUAUAGGGGUUCUUCCCUUUCCUAUUUUCGUUCAUUUCCCCUGUGUCUUUAGGAGAAAACAGGACCUCCGGCUCCGCCCCUUUUCAUUUCAGCAGCGAUCGUUAUCUAGAGAAAUCCCUGUCCGAACUUCUUCCUUCUGUUUAAUUACUAAAUUUGGUCCUGUUAGUUGCUUUAAUGCUUUAUCUGUGUUAAGAUUCAUGGAGUCCAAUGCACAGUCACAGUCUCAAGACAAUGCUGAUAAGAAGCCAUCAUUCCGUAAACCUUCCAAUGAUGCCGCUAAUAGGAAGUAUCGGCGCCGUUCUCCUGGUAGUGGAUCAGCUUCCUCGUCAUCUGAUGGUAGUCCCAAGCGUGGCCGAAGCCGUAGUCCAGUUUAUUCCAGGGAAGAGCCCACAAAAGUAUCUGAUGAUCGACGGAGAAGGAGGGAUGAUGGAAGGGAGAUAGAGGUAGAUCCUGCUCGUGGUCGGUAUGGCAAAGAUAGUGAUGCAUAUAGACAUUCUGAUAGACAGUCCUAUGGAAGUUCACGUGAUUACCGCAGACAUGAUGACUACAGCAGACACAAGUAUACUAGUGAAGGGGAAAGAAGCUAUCAGAGGUUGUCUUCUAGGUCUGGUCGAGAGCCAAGAGGUGACAGUCGUGCAGAUAAUACAAGACAUGAAAGUGAGCAUGAUAAAUUGAGAGACUAUGGAUGGCAUGUAGAUAAGCAUUCCCUACAUAAGCCUGAUGCUGACAGACACAGAAUUAAGGAUAAGGAGAGAGAAGCUAUGGAUCUAGAGCAUCCAAAAUAUAAAGGUAAAGACUCAACAACUGAUAGAACUGUAUCUGGAAGGAGACAUGCUAAUUCAAAUAUGGAAGAGACUAAGAUGGGGGAUUGGGAUAGGCAUAACAGGGAUAGAGGAGGUCGAGAUGACAAAAGGGAUUAUAAAAGGAGUCUAGUUGACCACAAGAAUGACCAAACAUCUUACCAUGGAGAAUAUAGAGGACAUGGAAAAGACUCGACCACAGAGAGGGAUGAUGGUGGAAUUUCCCUUAGAGAAACUCAAAAGAGCAACUCAAAGGAACUGGAGAGGGAAAGAAAUGCUGCAACAGAAAAGAGAAAAAAUGAUGGCAAGGAUACUGAAAGGCCAAAGGAGCGAUAUGAUAGAGAAUCAGAGGAACAUUUUAAAAGUGAUUCCAGAAACUCUGGUUACAGACCACGAGAUGUGGUAAAUGAACAAUAUCAAGAUAAAGAAAUUCGUGCAAACCUGGAUGAGGAAUCUUCCAAAAAGCUAAAGUUAUUCAAUUCGGACACUGGCUCUGGUUCUGCAAAAGAAGGACAAUCAGUUGCAAAGUCCAGUACAUCAUCAUCUGAUGGAAGGUUGUCUUCAACUUCAAAGCAAGUUCAAGAGAUUGCUGAUAAAAUUUCAGAACAUGCCCAUUCUUCUGCUGGUGAAGCUGAAGCUGCUCAUGAUCUAAAUGCUGCAAAAGUUGCUGCAAUGAAAGCUGCAGAAUUAGUGAAUAGGAACCUUAUCAGUGGUGGAUACAUGACUACCGACCAGAAAAAGAAACUUUUGUGGGGGAACAAAAAGAACAGCAAUACAGAAGAGUCAAGUCACCGAUGGGAUAUGGCACAGUUUUCGGAUCGAGAGAGACAAGAGAAAUUCAAUAAACUCAUGAGUCUGAGGUUGCCUUGGUACCUAUGGCCAAUUGUAGGGUGUGAAGGGCGAAUCGAAAGUAGAUCACAAACAGGACGAGAAAGAUGGAGGUGCCCUCCUCCGAGCCGAGAAACAAAAAGAGCUUCAGCUGGAUUUGGAGAAGCAAUACACUGCUGGGCUUCGUCGGAGAGAUGGUCGCACAGUUGGACUUGGCCUGUAGUAAUAUCCUUCUGCCUUUUCUCCAUACUCUUGCAACAAUAUUUCUUAACGUUUUCAUGUACUCGUGUUCUCUGUAAGAAUCAUGGUUGUGAUCCCCUGUAUUUUUAUCAUUUGGUAAAAGGAUGUGUUUGCCAAAAACUUGGGAUCCUGACAAAAGAGAUGCCAGUUUGGAUCAUUGUUGCCAUACGGUUUCAUCAUGUAGCAAGUUAGGAAAGUCUAUUGACACUAA